GCUAGAGAGAGUAAGCAAACUCGUAGAUUAAUCACAACCGUGUGAUCUCGGAGGAAACGUAGCAGCCAGCAGCCAUGGCGGAGAAAGCAGUCACCAUCAGGACAAGGAAGUUCAUGACCAACAGACUUCUCUCCAGGAAACAGUUUGUUAUUGAUGUUCUUCACCCAGGAAGAGCUAAUGUUUCAAAGGCUGAGCUAAAGGAGAAGUUGGCAAGGAUGUACGAGGUUAAGGACCCAAAUGCAAUCUUUGUAUUCAAAUUCAGAACCCAUUUUGGAGGUGGAAAAUCUUCUGGGUUUGGUUUGAUCUAUGACAAUGUCGAGAGUGCCAAGAAGUUUGAGCCCAAGUACAGACUGAUCAGGAAUGGACUUGACACCAAGAUUGAGAAGUCAAGGAAACAAAUUAAGGAGAGGAAGAACAGGGCUAAGAAAAUCCGUGGUGUUAAGAAGACCAAGGCUGGAGACCCCAAGAAGAAGUGAGGUGUUAAAAGACAGGGGAAGCAUUUUGGGUUUUGUUCUGGCAUCAUCCCUUCUUUUAUUUCGAUUUUGUCCUUUUUCAAUGUCACACUGUUAUGUCUCGGUUUGCAUUAUUAUGCGUUAAAGCUUUUUAGAGAAUCAUGUGCUAAAGAUUUUGCUGAAUACAUUUAUUUGAAAACUUUGUUGUCUCCUUUGCUAAUUCCUCUCAAAAUUCCAAUGGUGUGCGCGCCAUAUGAGCUUAUAUAGCUUUAGUCUUGUUUUUGUUUAUAUAAACAUGUU